AUGGACUGGGAGCCUGCGUACCAUGACUCCAGCAGCUCGCGGCUCACGCGUCUGUCACCUCUUGCGAGGAUUUCUAUCUCGGACUUGAACUCGAACUCGGAGUUCGUCCUGCAACGAUUAGAGUCGCGGGUUUUUCGACACCACAGACCGAAAUUUUGGGCUCGCUAUGUGGACAACACCUUCGUCGUAAUUGAGCAGGAUCAGGUGCUGACAUUCAAGGAACAUCUUAACGUCACCUCCCCGCGCAUCCAAUUUAUGAUGUACGAAGAAGAAAACAACCGUCUGGCUUUCCUGGAUGUCCUCCUUUGCCGCAAAGGCGGUAGUGGCCUAAAAACUAGUGUUCAGGAAAGCAACCAACACUAUGCAACUGCGGAACUACUACAACAACCACCCAAUCAGUCACAAACGCAGCAGGGUAAGAGCGCUUUACUGGCGCGUUGA